GACAGAGGUCGCUUCUCAAACGACAACAUGGCAGCAUCCGGAGAAGUGGCCGAUUGAUGUAAUUCGUAUAAAAUCGAGAACUUAUGGCCCUUAAGGAACAAAUAGUUCCCAAAGAAGAUUCGUCGUCCUUGUGUUUUCAGAAAAGCGAAUUUGCCAAAGAUGAUUUCUGUGUAGAUUAUUUUGUAAGUGAAUAUCGGAAACAUGUGCCAUUGGAAGUUCUCCGGGACGACUUGGGAAUUUAUUUAAAUGUUUUACGUUCUUCUAUGAUAGAACUUAUUAACAAAGAUUAUGCAGAUUUUGUUAAUCUCUCUAGUAAUUUGGUUGGAUUAGAUAAAUCCAUCAACAAUUUAACAGUCCCGUUGGGUCAGUUGAGAGAAGAAGUAAUGACUGUAAAGACAGCAUUAGAUGAUGCACUUGACUCUAUACAGAAAAAAUUACAAGAAAGAGAAGAAACAAGAAAUAAAAAGAUUUUAAUACAGAAAGUAAUGAUUGUACUAAAAGAAAUUGAAAAAAUAGAAAUGUUAUUAAAUAUUACGUACACUAAUCAAAAUGCUUAUUUCAUUCAAAGUGAAAUGAGGAAAUGGUCUUCUGAUUUAGUGGAACGAGUAGCUUUAAACUUAGUAGAAAUGCAAUUUAUAUUAAGUAAGCUCAAGGGGUUGAAAGUGAUUGAAAAUUUAAGAAUUCGUAUGCAAAAAAUUACAUCAAUCCUUCGGAGUCAUUUAGAAGAAGUUUUUAUAAACAAGGGAUUAUUUGAUCCACCAACACUAGAAAUGGUUUUAAGAACUUAUGCUAUAUUUGACAAAACCGAAGAAUUGGAAUUGCUGUUUUGUAAGAGAGUUGUCAGACCUCACUUGGAGAAGAUUAUUACAGAGAAGAAUCUACAGCAGAAUGGCUUGAACAGCUUGUAUAAAGAAAUAUUGGAUUUUUUAAUAAACAAAUGUAAAAUUAUUUUUGAAGUAACAACAAAAACAAAAAGGACAAAUUUGUUGAAGGGAUACGAUUUUGUUGGGAAUGUAAUAUGGCCAGAAAUAGCAUCGCAGUUGAUUCAUCUUACUCCUUCCAUAUUUGCGCCUGGUAAUCCGAAUUUAUUUCAUCAACAUUAUUCAAUUACUUUAACUUUCUUAGAAGAUUUCGAAAGAACGUGUUCAUCUCAUACGAGCAUACGAAAUCUCAGACAGUAUCCGAGUUAUAAGUCCUUUAUGGAGAAAUGGAAUUUACUGGUUUACUUCCAAAUUAGAUUUCAAGAAAUUGGAGGUGCUUUUGAAGAAGCAUUACUUUUGCCAUUUUUACAAACCAAAGAAAAUUUGCCAUUUAAUUUUCGCAUCAGUUCUUCCUGCUGGGUUAGCAUACAGAAGUGCUGGUCACCUGACAUAUAUUUACCAUCUUUGAGUUAUAAAUUCUGGAAGUUUACAUUACAGAUAUUGUCUCGUUACACUAAAUGGAUUACGACUAUAUUAGAAAAGCCAGUGCAAGACGUUAUGUUGAUUGACAAUUCGAUUCAACACAGUUCUGAUAAAUAUACAAACAGCAGUUCGGAGUCACAGAAUAUGGAGCUACCAUCUGUUGUGGAUUUUGUUACGCUUGUUAAUGAUAUCGAAAUUUUGCAAAAGAAGGUUACGGAAUUUUUUGAGAAAGUAAUUUGGGAGAAGAUUUCUGAAUAUAAUGAUGAUUUACGUGGUGCAUUGGAAUGCAGCUUAGAAGAAUUAGCUAAGAUGCCUUCGGAAAUAGGCACCUAUGUCAUACGUGGAAUUGUGGCGCAGUGCUCGCAGCAUCUGAAAUUAGUUUCUGAUAUUCCUCGUCUCUAUAGGAAGACUAAUCGAGAGCAUAAAUUGAGAUAA